AUGAUUCUCCAUACUCGUCGCCUGCCUCAUCAAGCCGAAUGGUAUAUGUUUGCCUUCGAUAAUAAUUAUAUUUUCGUUGAACGUCUAGUCAAAGAGUUGUCGAAAUUCGAUGCACAUCUUCCUAUUUAUACAAUCCUCCGUGAUUCGAACACAGAUAUUCCACACAAACCUGUCUUGAUACUAUCUCGCUUUGCUUUGAAUACUUUCUAUGAUAUGCAAGAAGAAAAUUGUUCUGAAAAUGCUGAAAGUGUUGAAGAAUGGUUAACGACGUGCAUGUCUAUUCCACCAAUCACUAUAUCAACUGAUAAGAAAAGAAAGAGCAGAAUCUUUGCCGUAAAAAGACAUUUCCAAGUUGAUGAAAUGAAGUCAAUGCCGGUUGGAUAUCACGAUGACAAAGAAUAUAUCCAUAGUCAUUCGAACUCAUUGUUGUCGUUCACUAAUCUCACGGUUGAUGAUCUGAAGUUGUUAUCUGUUUUCGUGGAAAAAGUGGAAGGAGGUUCUAGAAGGAAUAAUAGGAAGACAACAGCAAAUUAUUUCUGA